CUAAUGCAAACAAGCAUUCGUUACUCAUACAAUAUCUCCUCGCAAACGGAUCUAACUCGAAGACUGAGGAAGUGCUAAGGAAGAUGGAUGGAAUUGAUGGAGGAUGAUUCCAGUAUGACACGCUGGUAAACGUCAUACCACUCAUCCACCAUCAGAGAGGUGUACUCAUCUAAACUGAUCGUACAAUGUUGUUUUAACAAAGUCUCCGACGUCAAAGCCUAGGUAGUCUACGCGGAUAAUUCAAAAGAUAUAGAUACCUUGACGUCAAAAUCAGUAGGUCGAACAUCCGAAUGCAGACUCCCCGACUAUUGUGGUGCCACCGACUCCACCGUUCAUCACACGCACCAGGCAUCCUCGUCUCUCAGUCUCAGCGCGUGCCUUUUACUGCGCGGCUUCAACCCCUGUCACCUCACCAGUCUGUUCCGGGUGCGAUCCGACGCCAGAUGGAUUACGCAUCAACUAGGAAGGCCUCUGUGCCGCAUCUGGUGCGCACGGCGGCAGAGCCCCGACAGAACCGCAUGUAUACCGUCCGGCUCUCACACAUCGACGAGGUCAAUCCUACUGUGCGACUGAUACAGCUAACCAUCCCUCCUCAUGUGCAGAGCCUGGAGGGGCAGGAAGAGCGAGCUGAUGGAGAGUCUGAUCAACCACAACCACUCACGUUCCUGCCGGGCCAGUGGGUAGACGUGCAUAUACCUGGCCUCGCUGACGCGGGGGGUUACAGCAUUACCUCCACCCCGGCAGAUGCUCAGGUGCUUCCCUCGCCAGGGCCUCCCGUGGAGUCUCCCAUGGACGAGGAAACGGGCCUGCCGCCGAUGGACCCGCGAGGCAGAGCGCCGUACCUGGAACUAGCUGUCCAGCACGCUCCAUCCAACCCAGCCAGCGCAUGGCUCUGGAGACCCAAGGACGAGAUCCAGGGACAGGAACUGAGCAUCCGCAUCGGAGGCAGUUUCGUCUGGCCUCCAUCGGGAAUCAACCUCGAUGAAACCAAGAAGGUGCUCUUCAUUGCAGGCGGAGUGGGUAUCAACCCUCUGAUCUCCAUGCUCUCGCAUCUGAAGAACAACAACGACGAAACAUCUCUACACCGCCAGCACUCCGAUAUUCACUUCUUCUACUCCACCAAGAUGCCCCGGUCAGCUCCCCAGGCAUACCUGGACCGGAUCCUCUUCCUCUCGCGGCUGCGCGAGAUCAUUCGCUGCCAGUCAGAGUCGGGCCGUCUGCGGAUCUCUUUACGGCUCUUCCUCACUAAUCUCCACGAUGACUUCGCACCACUUCUGUCCGAACCGCAGCAGGAUUUGACUAUUUAUGCGCGAAGACAGCAGCCCGACGAUCUGCGGCAGGCGCUCCAAGGACCUGAUGGUGUUAUUAGGCCUGAGGAGACGGUCUGCUAUAUAUGUGCGCCUCCCAGGAUGACAGAUGAAGUUGCCACUACUCUUCGAGGUUUGCUGGGAGAUGGUAAGGAGCGGGUAUUGUUCGAAAAAUGGUGGUGAUCAAGUUUUUCAUUCGUAAGAUGUGGGAGAGUGUAUUGAGGCAAGGCAUACUAGCGCUGCAACAAUCGCAAAAUGUUCUAGAUAAAUGCUGCUGCAGAGUGAGAUCCUCGGUCCUCUGCUCAAUGAUGAGACAAUUCAGACCCAUGCUAACCUGCCUUCUCAACUCAAUAUAUAAGGUACAAAGACUGCAGGGAAAAAAAGCGCCCGAGAUAGCAAGAUGUGAACC